AUGUAUGCUGCGAUCGAUGAGGACAACACGCUUGUCGGCUUUGCGCUGUGGAUCCCUCCGGGCCGAGUACCAUUGGAUACGGAGGAGGAGCGCCAGCUCGGUUUCAACCAAUUCUGGGAAAAGCUGUCGCCUGAAGGCCGAGACUACAUCGAGAACGUGCUAGGGAAAGAAUUUCCCAAACACCUAGAAGAAUCGUUUGGCUUUGCGGAGGCUGAAAAGAGCACGUACUGGUGCAACUUUGCUAUGGUUCGGGAAGACUAUCAGAACAAGGGUGUAGCAACCGCGAUAUUCGACUUGGUCUACGCAAAGGCGAAGGAGACGGGUACUAUCAUGGCGCUUGCGACUAGCUUAGAGAAGACGUCCAAAAUCUAUCAAAGCAUGGGCUUCGAGCUGAAGGGCUUCCGAGUGAUGCCUUCUCCAUGGAAGGAUUGGCCUUCUUAUGUCCUUUUGAGGCGCACAGCCAUCUGA